AUGGCUGCAAGAAGAUUGAGGUACUCUAACUUAUGCAUCCACCCAGACAUAGGUCUGCCUGAAGGCUUCAAAAUUCCCAAAUUUGAUCACUUUAAUGGGUCGGGCAACCCCAGAGCCCAUUUGAGGGCUUAUUGCGACCAUUUGGUCGGAAACGACAGAAAUGAAGCCUCUUUGCUCAUGAGGUUAUUUAGUCAAAGUUUGUCAGGAACGACUAUGGAAUGGUUUAUCUCUCACGACAUUAGCCGAUGGAAAACAUGGGAUGAAAUGGCGAGCUCAUUCAUGGAAAGAUUCUGCUUCAAUGUGGAAAAUGUGUCUGAUCGCUUCUCAUUGAAGAAAAUUCAUCAGAAAUCGACUGAAACCUACCGAGAAUAUGCUAGCCGCUGGAGAGACAAAGCAGAACGGGUGCAACCUCCCAUGACUAAAGCUGAGCUGGUAGCCGCAUUCAUACGAUACCAAGAAGCCGAUUGCUUUGAUAAGAUGAUAACCAUGAAGGGGAGCUCCUUCGCAGAUAUAGUUGUUGUGGGGGAAGAUAUCGAAGAUGGCCUUAAAACUGACAGGAUUAUUAGUGUACUAAAUAGGCCAGGCGCGUCGGGCACCAUGAGUGGCAAAAAGAAAAAAGAGGACAUAGCUUGUGUUUCUAGAACUGCUAGUCCAAAAAGUCAAGGAAAAUAG